UAUAAAUCUCCGCCAUCUCCAACUCUCCAUCUCGCAAGCUCAAGCAUUCAAAGCUUACAAUCCCCAUCAUCUCUCACCAAACCGAUAGCAAAGCAACCCCAUACAUAGAAGCUUACAAGCGAAGCAAGCGACCGAGCUAAUGGACAUGGCACCGCCUGCAUCCGCCGUCUCCUUCUCCCCCCGCCCAUCGACGGGAACGACUUUCCGGCCCCGCGCCGCUUCCGCCUCUGGCUCCGUGGGCGCCGGGCGGGUCCGCGCGGCGGUAGCCCCCGAGGGAGGCAAGUGGUGGGCGCCACUGCUCGGCUGGUCUGGGCGGGCGGACUACAUCGAGGCCGCGGCACCGGCGCCGGCGAUGGCGAUGGCGAUGGCGGCGGAGGAGGAGGAGAAGGCGGGGAGGUCGUUCGUGGGCGGCCUGACGGAGGAGAAGGCGCGGCAGCUGCGGGCGCGGAUGGUGGAGACGGAGAGCUUCCACGAUGCCAUGUACCACUCCGCCAUCGCCUCCCGCCUCGCGCGCUCCACCUAGCUAGGCCGCCGGACAGACCGCCAGCCAACCCGCCGACACUAGCAGACAAGUUGAUGUGCCUGUGUGUCCUUUCUGCUAUAAUUGUUGUUGUCAUGUGUUAAAGUUUAGAGGAGAGAGGUCGGAAAUGAGAUCUAGUUUUAGGGUUGAUCCAUUCCCUCCGUCUCCGGCCACCGCGACGCUCGCCGGCCUGCUUGUUUUACCGGCGCAGAUGUUUCAAUCUGAUUCCCCGCAUUUGUAGUAACAUUAGGGAUCUGCAGUUAACAUGCUGUCCCAGAUCUGUGAUACUUGUGCUGGUGGCUCUUUUGGUUC